CUCUCUCAUGGCGCAAGGGCAAAAAACUCCCGAGUUGAGGAAACUUUAUAAAAGCAUUUUGAAUGGGGACAUGAAAGAAGUAAGAGCUCAAUGUUCAGCAAUAACAGAUCUUUCUGGGACCCUAACACCACAUGGCGAUAACAUCCUCCACACGGCAAUCUGCAUGAAAAACGAGAGCAUCGCCAGAGAAAUCCUGAAGAAAUUUUGUAAAGAACCAGAACGGCUACUGAAAAUGCAAAAUGCGCUGGGGGACACCGUCCUCCAUGAGGCUGCGGCAACCGACAUGACCAACAUUGCGCAGAAAUUGUUAAAAUCAGCUCCAGGAUUGCUGGGUAUGCGUAAUAAGCGUGGGGAAACACCUCUUUUCAGAGCAGCCCAUUAUGGCAAGGUUAAAACGUUCAGGGCUCUAGCCAAUGAACUGAACGAACAAGAACCGGCCAACAAAAUGGAUCAUUUGAAAAGGGAAGAUGGAACAACCAUCCUUCACAUCACAAUUCUUGCAGAGUUCUUUGAUCUUGCACUGGAGAUAGCGAAUAGGUAUCCAGAAUUAAUUAAUGCCGAAGAUCCAAAUGGGAUGAUAGGACUUCAGCUCAUCUCAAGGAAUCCAUCAGCAUUCAAGAGUGGCAGAAAAUAUGGAUUUUUCAGGAAAUUCAUUUAUUAUUGCAUUCCUAGUGAGGAACCUAAAAAGGAAGAAGAGAGCAACCCAAAAGACACUCAUGAAUCUGAUGAUCAAGGCCCCAAGCUGCCUCCAAACUACGACGUUUGUGUGCAGUGCUUCUCAAUGGUAGUACGUAAACUUAUUUCAGGAUGGCCGGUGAUGGAGGGUAUAUAUAAUGAAAAGAGAAAACACAAAGCCGCUCUCAAACUGGCAAAGUUUCUAAUACCAGAAGAUUUGUCGUGGGAGUUGGGAAGUCAUUCCAUAGAAACCGAGGAUAGGAUCUCAAUAGGGAAGGCCGCAGCUUUCACUGAAGAAGGAGGGAAGGACGAAAAAACGAAGGAUAAAGAAAGUCUCGAUCUAACAGCUCGUACUGGUAGGCAACCAUAUUGGCCAUGGCCAGAUGAGUUGCCUACAACAGCUCCGAUCGGAUCAGAGGGAACAAGCAAUCCAACACCACCAGCUCCCAUUUCGUUGCUUUUGGCAACGAGCACAGGAAUAGUAGAGAUUGUGAAGGAGAUACUUGCAGUGUAUCCCCAGGCGGUUGAGCACGUAAGUGAUAUGGGGCAGAACAUAUUGCAUGUGGCCAUUCAGUUCCGUCAAUUGGAAAUCUUUAAAAUUGUAAGGGAUAUGGAAAUACCAAUGUUAAGAUUGGCUCGACAAUUUGAUCACAGAGGGUACUCCAUCUUGCACCAUGUUGGAAUCACCAAGUACUACACUAGAAGUAGCAAGUCCGGUCCUGCUUUCCAAUUGCAAGAGGAGUUGCGUUGGUUCAAGCGUGUGGAGAAGAUGAUACCCUCCCAUUAUGCAAUGCACUGCAGCAAGGAAAAGGAGGAGACCGCCCAAGAGUUCUUCGAAAGAACCCAUAAAAAACAUCUCAAGGAGGCAAAAGAAUGGCUGAAGCGGACCUCCGAGUCUUGCUCUACUGUUGCGGUCCUUAUCGCCACCGUCGCCUUUGCUGCCGCCUACACCGUGCCAGGAGGUUCCGAUCAGGAAACUGGAACUCCCAUCCUCCUUUGCGACACUUUCUUCCUGAUUUUCACUUGCAUGGACGUUCUCUCCCUUGCAAGCUCAUUGACUUCCGUAGUCAUGUUCCUUUCUAUCCUCACCUCACCCUUUGACCUCCAAGAUUUCCGCCACUCACUUCCUCGGAAACUCAUAAUCGGCUUCACCUUCCUCUUCUUCUCAGUGGCGGUGACCAUGCUUGCUUUUGCUGCAACAAUCGUGCUCAUCAUUCAUUUGAGGAAGCGGUUGACUAGAACGCUCAUAUACACUGCUGCAUUCCUUCCUGUCUCCUUCUUCGCACUCUUACAGUUUCCUUUGUAUGUCGCGUCAUCGAGUACUUUGAAGUUCACUCUCAAAUUGAUUAGGAAGGUUCUUCCCUGCCGUUUACUCCCUCGUUGUUUGCAAAAGACCACUACGCCGUCCAUUAAUUACAAGACUCAACGAUGCAGGACGGAGAAAGAACAUUAA